GUUGGUUGGUUGGCAGUGAAGACGUAACGACAUCACAUCAACAGCACUAACGGCAUUCAUUAGGACAGCAUAGAUAGAUAGAUAGAUAGAUAGAUAGAUAGAUAGAUAGAUAGAUAGAUAGAUAGAUAGAUAGAUAGAUAGAUAGAUAGAUAGAUAGAGAAAGAGAGAGAGAAAGAGAGAUGGGUUCUCUAUACAGGAGCGAGCCGAUGUCGAAAUGCAUGUUGUACGUUCAAAACGACGUAGCCUACGCCUGCAUGUCCGCAUUGGGAGAACUUGGAGUCGUUCAGUUUGAUGACAUGAAUGCGGGCCUGAUGGCGCACAGCAAGAAAUACAGCAUGGAAGUCAAGAGGUGCGACGAGAUGGAGAGGCAGCUGAGGUACUUCAGGAGCAUGCUGGCAGAGGAGGGCAUUCAAAUGGGAAGCAUCAACAUCAAUCCUGACGCUCCGGAGAUCUCAAAGAUGGCUGAAAUGGAGAGCGUAUUCAAGGAGUCUGAGCGUCGUUUGAGAGAGGUCAGUGCGAGUCUGACGUCCAUGAAGUCGAACAGGGCCCAACUGAUUGAAAUGCAACAGCUUCUCAUGAAGGCUCACAUCGUCUUUCAGGAGCAGCAAACCUUGCAAGUCAUGGCCGCCGAUGCACCCGAUCAACGAGAGUCAGGAAACCUCGGUUUUGCGUCUGCGGUGAUCUUGAACGACAAGUUGAUGUCGAUGGAGAGGUUGCUGUGGUUCGCCUGCAGGGGGAAUGUUCUCGUCAGGAGUGCCGUCCUUGAGGAGAACAUCGAAGAUCCAAACACCAACGCAUUGGUAUGCAAGGCGGUGGUCUUCGUAUUCUUUCAAGGUGAUCGACUGAAGGAGAGAGUUAAAAAAAUUAUGGAAGGUUACCAUGCGAACGUCUACCAAUGCCCUGAUAGCCUGAUGGACGCUGAGAGGCUGCGUGCUGAUGUCGAAGGCAAGAUUGGCGAUCUUAACGCUGUAAUUGAGCAGACGACGUCGUACCGGCACCAGCAGCUGGAGGAGGUUGCAAAAAAAUUAGCCGUCUGGAUCGUUCAAAUAAGAAAAAUGAAGUGCAUCUUCCACACGCUGAACACGCUGAGCAUGGAGAUGGCACAGAAGUACCUGGUCGGUCAAUGCUGGUGCCCCAAUGCCUGCAUGGACGGCAUCAAGAUGGCUCUCAAACGGGCUGCUGACACGUAUGGUGUCGGCCCAUCAGGCGCCAUCUUGAACAGCAUCGACCAGAGCAGGGAGGUACCGCCCACCUACAACAUAACCAACAGGUUCACAAAAGUCUACCAGAGCAUCGUCAACUCGUACGGAAUUGCCUCCUAUGAAGAGAUCAACCCCGCGCCGUUCAUUAUCAUCACCUUCCCCUUUCUCUUCUCGCUGAUGUUCGGAGAUGCGGGCCACGGAAUGUUGGUCUUCCUCAUUGCACUCUGGAUGGUCCUCUCUGAAAGCAAGUUCAUGGGGCAGAACUCUGAUAACGAGAUAUGGAACAUCUUCUUCGGCGGUCGGUACAUCAUACUGUUGAUGGGCAUCUUCUCGGUGUACUCCGGCAUCAUGUACAACGACGUCUUCGCCAAGCCCAUCAACAUUUUCGGAUCUGCAUGGUACGCCUCGCCGAGCAAGUACCAACAACACCUGCACACGAACAAGGACAUCAUGUUGAAUCCUCUUCACGACAACGUUUCAGAUUACAGAGGGUUCCCAUUCCCUUUCGGCAUGGAUCCUAUUUGGAUGAUGUCCCAGAAUAAGAUAACUUGGUUGAAUUCCUUCAAGAUGAAGGUCUCAAUAAUCUUUGGAGUCUUUCAGAUGUUCUUCGGUGUCCUACUCAGUUUCUUCAACCACCGACACUUCAGGGACCCACUGAACAUCUUCUGCGAGUUCCUACCUGAGAUGUUGUUCCUCAUGUGCAUGUUCGGCUACCUGGUCCUCCUCAUCUUCUACAAGUGGAUCGCCUUCGACGCUACCAUGGCCAGUUGCUCGCCCAGCUUACUCAUCAAUUUGAUCAGUAUGUUCCUCUACAAUUAUUCCGACGAGCCCUGCAGCCCUACCAACUUUUACCCCAAACAAAAAGAUUUCCAGACGGCUCUGCUGCUGAUCGUCGCCCUCUGCAUCCCCUGGCUCCUCCUACCAAAGCCACUCAUACUUCGUUACAAAAACAAGAAGAGGAUGAUGAUGAUGAUGAAGUUGAAGAAACCUUUGGAGGACAUCGAACAAGGAGAAACAAACAUGGGAAUGGAGUUGGCAGAGGAUAUCAAUCACAAUAAGGUUCCGUCAGCGAAACACGAUCAACCUAAUGAACCAUCGGCAUUGGCAGCAGCAGGACAUGGAGAAGAAUUCAGCUUCGGCGACGUGUUCAUUCACCAAUGCAUCCACACGAUUGAAUACUGCCUCGGCUGCAUCUCGCACACCGCCUCUUACCUCAGGCUCUGGGCUCUCAGUCUUGCUCAUGCAGAACUGUCGGAAGUUUUGUGGAAGAUGGUCCUGCACAAUGGAUUCACGUUAGGAGCCGGUUCCACAAACAGCCCAUCAUUGAGUUGCAUCAUCCUCUUCAUCAUCUGGACUCCAUGGGCUGCCCUCACCGUCGCCAUCCUUCUUCUUAUGGAAGGUCUUUCUGCUUUUCUGCAUACUCUCCGCUUGCAUUGGGUGGAGUUCCAGAGCAAAUUCUACAAAGGUGAAGGAACGAAGUUCACUCCAUUCUCCUUCAAGAAAAUUUUGAAACAUUAUGAAGAUUGAUGGUGGUGCUGAUGAUAACGAAACAAAAAAUUGCACGAUCAAGUUGUACAAGUUGAUUCAAAAUUUUUCACAUUUUUUACGACCAAUCGUAGUUUAGACGUUAUUUAACAUCAUUUUCAUUUGUCUGUUGUAUAUUAACAUGAUUUUAUGUUGCUUUUAAAACUACAGAUCCGUUUUAUUUUAACAGACAAAACAAUUUUAAUGAUGGUUAUACAUUUAUCUGUUUUAUUGUACACCAUAGGACAGGGAGAUUAAACGGUAGAUUUACAUUAUGAAAAAACUAA